CUUUGGUGCGGUCAGGUCCGCCUCCUGUCAGCCUGCAGCUGCAGCAGAUGCCGGCUGCCUUCUCACAGACUGCACGCUUUCUCUGCACUCCAAUGACACCGCGUUCAUUGUGACAAUGGAAAAUAUGACAUCGCGUCAUAAAGCUUGAGCUAUCAGAUGAGGUCUCGGGGUACGUCUCUGUAUUUUUGGAGCCAGGUGCGGGCUAUGAGAUUUUCGUGGCAGCUACAUAAUUUUGUGACAGGCUGUGCCUGCUGAAAAACUUAUCAGAUUAUUUUUUUUCUCGUCGCACAGUUAGCUCCAAAUCAUGUAUAAAAUAUGCAUUGUCAUCGUGGUGUGCUGUGCGCUUUUUCCACGCGGCUAUGCAGUGCCAGUGACCGAGGUUGAAGAUCCUGACUCCCAGUAUGAGAUUAGAGCAGGGCAGGAUGACAGGCUGCAGGAAGGAACUGAUGACCAGGAGAGCAUCCUCUCAAAGGUAGGGGACAUGUCUCUUCUGUUUUUCUCUUAUCAAUGGUCAUAAUUCUGUGCGUAAAAAUGCAAACAUUUGUGAUGAGCAUGGUUAGAAACACAUCCGUCCUCUUCUCUUUGUAGCUGCUGGGUGAUUAUGACAAAGUGAAAGCCCUCUCGGAAGGCUCUGACUGUCGCUGUAAAUGUGUUGUCAGACCCCUGAGCAGGAGCGCCUGCAGGCGGAUAGAAGACGGGAGCGCCUCGGCGCAAGACUUCUACACCGUGGAGACCAUCUCAUCAGGGCCGGAGUGCAAGUGCGCCUGCAUCGCUCCACCGUCAGCAGUCAACCCGUGCGAGGGCGAGUUCAGGCUGAAAAAACUUAGGGAAGCUGGGAAAGAAAAUGUCAAGGUGAAGAGUUCUCACCAUACAUAAGAGGCUGCUGUCCUGCUCGUCUGUUGAUUUCUUGAGAACCCUGGAUCAUUUGGCGCAUUUGGUUUUACUUUUAUUGAAAUAAAAGAGGGGACAACCCCUGAUUUCUAACAUUAUUAGAGACUCUGGGUAUGGAUGGGCAGGGGCUAUGGGCCAAUUGUACACAUGGCAUGUCUUGAAAUGAUCAAAACCCUCUCUGAUGGAAUCCACUUCAUCAUUCCAGCUGUCCACCAUCCUGGAGCUGCUGGAGGGCUCCUUCUAUGGCAUGGAUCUACUGAAGUUGCACUCUGUUACCACCAAGCUCCUGGGUCGUGUGGAAACCAUAGAAAAGGUACUGCAGUACCUUAACUUUUCAAAGAUUGACUGAAAGAUGUUAAUCAAACUACAGUGAUGGAUUCAGGUGUGUUUUAAACGAUCACUUCCAAUUUUAACAGGUCAAACAUGAAAGACCUCUUGGGCCAGUGUUCAAGUUUACAAGGGGCUGGGACUGAUAGGAAAACUUCAACUUUCCAUCACAUGAGAAAGUUUACAAGCUAGACCUCUUUGGUGCAGAUGACUGAAAACUUAUUUGGCCUAUUUGUAAUUGGGACAUCUAAAGUAGCAUGAAAAAGGCGAAUUGUUUGCAUUAGUAAUUUUUUAGUUUACAAUAAGGACUAGUAGAAACUAAACAAUGUUAAGAUUUUCAGGACAGUUGUAAAAUAAGCAGGACGGAUUAUUCCCCUGAUUUGUUUUAUUUGGAUUGCACCAAAAAUGACUAUAACUGAGGUUCGCCGUUGGAUCAUAUCAACAUAAAGUUGUCAUGACAAAACAGGUGCAGCAGCUGCCUGGAGGUUUACACGCCCAAACAAAAAUACAGUCACAGCUUUGUAGUUAUGAGUGAACCAUGUGUGUGUAAUUAGUCAUUGAAAUAAAACCAACAGGAAAAGACUGGAUUUUCAGAGCACAACGCUUUUUAACUACCACAUACAGCAAGUGGCCUCGAACUGAACCACUUUAUUUUAAUUUGAGGUUAAAAUCAUAUCUCUAGUUGCCCUUAAAAUGAUUGCGUUUUGUCACUCGGUUUUAGUGCUGAAUUAGUUGGUAAAUUGGACUUUGCACUUGAAAAUGAAGCAACAUCAAGCAUAAUUUACCUUCUGAUGUCAAAAAUCAGCAACAUAAAAACUGAUUUUUGACUUUUUUUACUGGCUUGCCUUGGCAUGUAAAGGAUGAGCAUGAGCAAAGGAUAACUGAAUCUGACGUACCUAUUGAUUACAUAUUGGUUAUAAUAGUUUCAGCGGUGUCCCUGUCCUUCUAUGGUUCAUUAAGGCUCAUUCUAAGGGGACAAGUAUGAGAAGUGAAGGUCUUGUGUAUUGAAAAAAUCGUGGAGGUCUCCUUUUAAAGGAGGCAUGGACAAACUUAUAAUAGAGGAACUGUAAUUAGCUACUUCAGUUUCUUAACAUCAGCCUUCUUUCAAAAUAUAUGCUCAGAAACUCUGUUAAAAUCUUGAUUUUCUCCUUUACUUCAUGAAGAUAGUGUCUGUGAAUAAUACCAUCGAUGAGGUGAAGCCCCAGGAGAGCCCUCAGGUCCAGGAGAAUGUGACUGAACACCCACCCACCCCUCAACCAGAGCAGCAUCAGGAUGAGAGGAGACUCAAUGGGGCUGCAGUGUAUAAGACCCCUGAGGUUAGUGCUAUAUCUUAACAAUAAAAGCAGGGAGAUCUUACAUACCAUACCGCAGUAACACAGUAGUACUGCAGUGUGAUAAAGGCAAAACUUUACCUUGACGAAAUGUGAUUUCAUAACAUCCAUUAACAUUGUCUCAUUACAAGACAAGUCCUGAUGAUAUACUCUUCAGCAGAGUGCCUGAUGUGGUAUUUUAUGAAUAAAGUAACAUACUUUUUAAAAACUAACAUCAGUCUCACGGUGCUGCUCCUUUUAUGUAAAGAUAACCUAUACUCAUUGCAGCUUGGAUCACACUUUUAGUUUGUCUAUCUAUAAUGAGAAUGGUUGUGAAGUCAGUCAGUCCUUAUAGCAUGAUUUGUCUGAAACUACAAGUUGAAAAUCCGAUAAGUGUUACCCAAAUUGUUCAACGUAAACAUCAAACACUGGUACAGACUGACCCUUGAUUGAGCUUUAAUCAGGAACUCUUAUAUCAGCUGUACACACUCACAGCUGUCUCAUUGAAAGUGGAAUCAUUUCCUACAUUCUGGAUGUACUGAGUGAAAAUUAAAACUAUAACUUGGCUAAACACUUUUUAACAGUUCAUUCGGUUUUCUAUCUGCUUUUUCUCUUGAAGUGAUGCCACAGUAUGCCUAUCCUUGGAAAAUACUUUCUGUCUGCUAAAAUUCUUUAAAUUUUCCAAAUUAGAGGGAAGAAUGUGCAUCUGAAACGUCCCUCGCACGAUCAAAUUACACUCAAACUCUUUCUGUCCACUCACAGGGAAAGUAUGAGGAGAAGUUUAUUGGAAAAAAUCCAUCCUUCCUAAAGACAGAUGGUUCUGCUCAGAUCAUUGAGGUCAGACCUCAGGUGACUCCAAAAAAUGUGGCUAACAAGGAGGCUUCUCAGGUGUCAAAGAGUGGCCCCAAUGGAAUGAUCAUCAGAGGGAUGACAUUUUAUAAAUCUGAGCCAGAUCCAAUGGUGGCGGAUGACGGGGAGCCUGGAGAGAACCGUAAGUUCAAGUGAUCAUCCAUACCGCCUUGCUUUGAAAGUAUAUCUUCACAUUUUCCUGAGUUUAACACUCUCUGAAUGGAUCAGGAUAAGUGGUUUGGAUGGAAAAUCAACUCUGAUUUUCUGUGUCAAAUGGAAAAGAGUCACACUGGCUGGUGCUUAUCUGAGCUGCCUGUCAGGAUCAUCUGUGAGCUGCUCUGUCAGCUGCAGCAAAAAAUGAAGUGAAAGGAAUUUAAUCCUGUAACUCUUACAGCAUGUGGCUUCUUAGAAAGUUUCAGUAAACAUCAGUUUAACACCAUGGGAUAGUUUCAAAAUAAAAUGACCCAGUAUUUCACUCUCUUUUCUCUAGUUUUUGAGUAUCACGGAUUCAGUGGUGAUGCACCAAUUAACCUCUUCGUCGAGGAGAAUCUGCUUCAACACAGAGCCCCUCGCCCCAGAAUGAGAGCGGGACCCAGAUCAACUCGAACAAAGAAGACAGGUUCUUCCCACAGUUCCAAGAAGACCACUGAAUCAUCAGAGGUGAAAGAAAGUGAGCCCACGUCAAAUGAUGACUUCAUCAGUGCCACUGGGAGCGAAUCAUUUGACAUGUUCAGAGAUGUUCAGAGUGACACAUCAGUCACGCUUCACCAAACAACCACAGAUACUCCACCUCUGACCACUCCAAGAGUCUCCACUUCGAUCACUAAGUUACCAGUUCCUUUGAUGGCUGAACCAACCAGCACUUCUCGAAGCGUCACUGCCAAGGAGACAAACAAAACUACAGUGAACACAACCCAACCAUCUGGAAAUACAACCACGAUGGAAACCCUUCAAGUGAACACAACAAGUAUACAACCAACCACAGUAGAAACCUCCACUCCGGUACCGGAAGACCAAAAUCUGAUCAUACCUGUCAGUACUGAAGCUCAUUCAAGUUCAUUUACACCAACCUCAGCCACUGAAGCCUCCACUAUAAGUCCAGCUUCCACUACGAGCAUUACAACGCCAGCUGUCAUGACCACAAUAGCUGCCUCCACCCAGGCUGCAACCACAACACCAGACCAAGGAACCACAUCUACCUUCUUUCCAAGCACGACUCUGCCUCCAACCACCCAGAGACUGACCACUAUGUCCCCCUACACAACUCUGCCGCUAACCACCCAGAGACUGACCACUAUGCCCCCCUACACAACUCUGCCGCUAACCACACCUGGGACUACCUCUUCAUUAGCUCCAACUACUACCACCACCACCACCACCACUACAACUACAACCACUACUCUCAGGCAGGGCGCUCAAUUCAAACAAAAAUACAAAAUCAGCUGGGAAGAAGAAGAAGAUAGGGAAGACGGACAUCUUGUUAAUGAAGAGCCAAUGCAAAGGCAGGAGGAGCCUACAACAAAGAAACCAGGUAGACAGAAGUUUAAAUUCAACAUUUCUUUGUAUAGUGCCCGCUGCCCACUCUUGCUCUCUGUGCACAGUUAUCGUAGACAUAUUCGAGCUGUACUUGGCCAAGUUUGCACAUGGCCCCGGUUUCGUUCAAAUUUUUUCAAAGAAGUCCCUCCAAGAGCUCUUCAACAGCUGCAGAAGUUUUUAUGCAGUCCCAAAUCUCAGUGCCCCACUUGUUUGAGUGGCACCUGGCACUAGUCUCUCCUCUUUUCCUGCUGUUGUUUAAGAGGGGCUGGCAAACAGCUUUUCAACCUUUUGGCAGUGGCUCUUGUAAAGAUGAUGGCUUUUAUUUUGUUUUGUAUUUCUUAAGAACUGAACUAUUUAACAUCUCAUAAAUUUAAGAUUGAUGGGACAGUGAUCAGCCCUAAAUAUAGAGUAUUUUAGGUCAGUGAGAACUUUUCUCAUGUCUUUAAAAUAGAUUAUGAGAAAAUCUAAAAUUGUGUCUGAAAAGCCUGAGGUUUACCGCAUUCACCAGAAGUCUUUGACAUUCAUGAUGAUUGACAUUCAUUCCAGACCUUUUGUCAAUCCCUCAAAAAUCAUUGAAUACAUGUCUUUUUUAUUAAAAAAGUAUAUGUUUCAACAUGACUGGUAAAGGAAAAGUGUCCACUAAAUCAGCAGUCUCCAUCAAGUAACUAUCCCUCAAAAAGUUGGUGAGAUAUCUCACUCAGGACCAAAUCGUGGACCAGCAGACAACAGACCAUCCUCAGAAUAUCACUAACUUCUCAGCUCACCCUUAAAAAAGCUUUAAUUCAAAAUAUUGACAAAAAUAGCUAAGACACUGUGACUUUGAGUUUACAAAUUGGCUGUAUUUACAGUAGUUUGACAUACUAAAUGAAUGAAAUGAAAAGGUCUGACACAAUUUAACUGUUCAUUGUCUUUCAGAAAUGUUUUAUUGUUUUCAUGAGUAUUUUAACUUUAGGAUUUAGGCCUCACUUCCUUGUAUUACCCUCUCUCUUUCCAUGAUUAAAGCUGGUAGAAAUAAUGUCUUUGAUUAAUUUCAGGCUCUUUGACGUAGAUCUGGAUGAUGUUAAAAUGUGCCUUAAUUCUCACACGUGGCUCUCUGACUUUUUCCCAGGGGAGUGUAAGGACACUUUGGCUACAAUCUCACAGCCAGUGACUCACAACACUUACGGCAGGAAUGAAGGAGCCUGGAUGAAGGACCCAAAGUCUAAUGAUGACAAAAUUUAUGUUACAAACUUCUAUUACGGGAACAACCUGCUGGAGUUCCGCAACCUAGAGGUUUUCAAGGGAGGUAAGUCAGAACCAGUUGAGAUUUCACUAAAUUUGAGCGUUUUGCCUCUUUGCUUUGAUGAUUCUCAGCCUGUUGUUAUUGGUUUACCUUUCCAGGACGGUUCACCAACUCUUACAAGCUUCCUUACAACUGGAUCGGAACGGGCCAUGUUGUUUACAAUGGGGCUUUCUACUACAACCGUGCCUUCUCCCGUGACAUCAUCAAGUUUGACCUGCGCUUGCGUUAUGUGGCGGCCUGGACCAUGUUGCACGACGCUCUGUUUGAAGAGUCAUCGGUACCAUGGGAAUGGCGCAGCCACUCGGACAUUGACUUUGCCGUGGACGAGAGUGGCCUGUGGAUCGUCUACCCAGCUCUCGAUGAUGAGGGCUUUUUACAGGAAGUAGUCGUUCUGAGUCGACUGAACCCCUCAGACCUCAGCAUGCAGAGGGAGACCACCUGGAGAACUGGGCUUAGGAGACACCAAUACGGGAACUGCUUCAUUGUGUGCGGUGUCCUGUAUGCCGUGGACAGCCACAACAAGAAGGAAGCCAACCUGGAAUAUGCCUUCGACACACAUACAAAUACUCAGAUGAUUCCCAGAAUGCCUUUCACUAACAACUACACCUACACUACGCAGAUAGACUACAAUCCCAAAGAGCGGGUUUUAUACGCAUGGGACAAUGGACACCAAGUCACGUACGACAUUACGUUUGCCUUAGUAGACCCUUAGCAAGGGUUUGACAGUAGUUCUUUUAAAGAGUUAAAAUUAUGGGUUAAUUGGAUUGUAGAUCAGUCCACAUGGCCUUCACUAUGGAGAUAAAUGAGGGCCAAAUGUAUAAAUAUACUUCACUGUAUUAUGAGGAAGAAAAGUUUAGUUCUCAUUGAGAUUUUUUUAAAUUCCUAUUUGAAAAAAAAAAAAAAGAAAUGAGCCAAUGUCAACACAUCAAGUUGUACUGUAUAUACUGUCUUGCUGUAAAAAUGCCUCAUUGGUUGAAUGAAUGUAGAAACGAUAAGCUCAUAGCCUCCAUCACAGAAAACGUUGACAUUUCGUGGAACAGAUCCAAUCCCUUACAUCAUAUUUUUUACUCAAAUCCGUAAGUGACAUUGAAAGACCCUUUUUUUUUGUUUUACAUACAUAAUUUUGUAUCAGUUUUUAUCUUUGCAUCAAAUAUCACAGGUCCUCUGUGUGGUAAUAUCAAAGAUAUUGCUGUUGACCUCUGUAUUGUUAAAGCACUUAAUCCCUUCAUAUCAGACUGUUCUGAGAAAAAUAAAAUAAUGUCAGACAAGCCAACAGAAAA